AGCUAACACUUGUCUGCUCUCGAGGGGAAUGGACCCCCCUCCAUCCACCUUGAAUAUUUAUUCCACCCCUCCCAGUGAUACUGGACCCAGGGUAAUGGUUCAGUGGGAAGGAAGAUGCUCUCUCUGAUAUUCUUAUUGACCAUCUCACAUCUAACUCUGCUGAUCAUUGGAUUCUCUUCUAUUCUGAUGGCAAAAAAAUGCCUAUUACUGAUGGUGAAAAGGCCUUGGGCAAGGACAAGAGUGACAUCUAUGCUGUCAUCACCAAACUGAUAUUUGCAGAUCACACCAAAUAUGGCCCUGCAUACCAUCAGAAUCUGAAGAAAUUUUGCAAUUCAGUCACAAACCACAUCAUGAGUCUCAAAAGCAAGUAUAAAAAGCUCAAGGCCAGAUUUGGUGCCACUGGCACUGGUGUACUGCCUGGUAGUGGGCAUGCAAAUUUAUUCACCAAAGUCUGUUCUGAAUGGAAGUGGUUUGUGGACCUUGAUGGAAUCUGGCACUCGAACCCUGCAUUUGCAGUAAUGUCGCACUCAUCAGGCCAGGUGUUGAUCAUGCUGCCUCAGGCUUCCAGCAUCACAAACACUCAGUCUACCUAUGGCAAUCCCCCCAUCCAAGUUAAUCUGCAAUUCCAGUCUGCUCCUGCCCUCCCCCAUCAUAAUAAUCCCCCUGUCCACCUGUGUGGACUCCCUCACACUGAUGACAAUUUUCCAAUGGACCAAGCUGAUACUUCACCCCCACUGGACCACCUGCAGGACAAUGAGGGAAUGCAGGAAGAUGAGGGAAUGCAGGAUGAUGAAGGAAUGCAGGAUGAUGAUGAGGGAAUGUGGGAUGACAUAGAGGUCCUCGAUACCCCUCCAAAAGUUGUAAGAAAAAAACAGUGGAUUUUUGUAUCGCCCUCACCCUCUCCCCCUCCUGACCCAGAACCCUUCUAUAUGCCUGUAAAGGUACCUACUGCCACCUACAACAAUCAUUCAGCAUUUGCCCACCAGGCUGGCAGCUACAGGGGGCAACACAAACCUCCAUUGAUGUCACACACUCACAACACAGUUUCGUCAUUGUCAACCCCACAGAUGUUGUUAUUGGCGCAACCAAAUGGCAGGAUGAAGAAAAAGAAAGCAAAAUUGGAUGUACAGGAUCAAGUAGAUAAUCUGGCAGGGGAAAUUGGUAGCAUCCAGUCCAAUGUCAUGUCCAUCUGCGACUCAAAGCAUCAAUGA